AUGCACCCCUUCCUCCCCUCAACCCUCCAAGCUGCCAAAAAAAGCCUCCAAACCUCUGGCUACGCCAUAAUCCCCAACGUCCUCUCCGAAUCUGACACAACAACCAUCUUAACCCGUCUCUGGGCCGCCGCCGAAACAAACCGCCUUCGCGGCGCAGACCUGUAUAUCCCAGCCCUAGACCCAAACGCCAGCAACAUCCGAAUCUUCUACCUACUAGAACUAGACCCGAUCUUCCGCUCCCUAAUCCAACACCCCGGCGCACUCGCCCUAGUCAAAGAAAUCUUGGGCCCCGACAUCCUAGUCUCAAAUUUCACAGCCAACAUCGCGCGGCCCGGCUCAGGAUCCAUGGCGCUGCACUCGGAUCAAUCGCUCAUUGUGCCUGAGCCGUGGGAGGAGGCCUGGGCGUUGAAUAUUAUCUGGUGUCUUUCUGAUGUGUACUUUGAGAAUGGGGCGACGCUGUUUAUCCCCGGGAGUCAGAAUUGGAAGCGGAAGGCGGAUGUCCCAGGUGGUGCGGAGGAGAUGUUGGAGCCGUUUGUUGCGGAGAAGGGGUCGAUUAUUGCGCUUGAUGCGCGCGUUUGGCAUACCUCUGGCUGUAAUGUUACGAAAGACCAGGAUCGGGAACUGCUCUUUGGGUUUUAUACGCGUCCAUUCUUGAGGCAGCAGGUUAAUUGGACGGCUGUGCUGGGGGAGGAUGUUAAGGAAGAACUUGGGGAGGUGGGGAGGGAGUUGCUGGGUCUGAAUGUUACUGCUAAUACGGGAGUGGUGUCGGAUGUUGGGAUUGGGUUAGAGGAGUUUGAGGCGAAGGAGUAG